AUGUUCCCCACCUGUCCAAAAUUCCCUGUACGGCCAGCCGUCCUCCUCGCCGCCCUCACCCUCCUAAGCAUCACUACCGUACUGUACUUUCAACGGGCCACUCUCAGCCCGCACAUCUCCGCCCACCUCUCGCGUCUCUCCGAACUCACGCAGGACUUACGCCUCUCCUUGUCCUCUCACUGGUCGUCUGUGGUGGAUGAGCAGCGACAAUGUCCGUUCGACCCUUUCCACGCUCCAGGAAUGAUUUACUGGGGAAAUGCGGCUAACCAAACCCGAUGGGUACCGUUUCCCCGCGAUCUGGAAACCUAUAGCGACAGUGAGAAGAUGGCGAAGAUCACCGAGCUAGAACGAGACUGGGAGGGACUCACAGAGCCGGAGAUGAUGGAACUGGGUGCUGCAGACAGGUUCAUGUGGGAGAUGGUGGAAGGAGGAGGAGAGUGGGCAAGAGGAAGAAAUAUCCUCAUCCUUGGCGAUAGGAACAAUAUCGUCAAUUUUUGCAAGAUUAUGAAGGGCACGAUUAAGAACUGGGGCGGGCAUACGGGCGGCUGGUGUAGAGUGGAAAGCAUUGACCUAACUAUCGUGUGGUGGUUCCUCUUCGGCAUUGUCGACUCCGAGUAUCCGUGGUACGUCGAUAACGAGAAAGAACCGAAGACGUUCGACCACCGGAUUGAUGAAAUCUUUCUCCCACGGAUGGAGAAGGAAGGAUUGAGGGAGUUUACGCCGGAUCUUGGUAUCGUCAAUAGCUUGUACUGGGACUCGGACCAUCUCUUCGAUCAGUAUGAUCGCCAAUUCAACCUUACGCGUAAGCAAGAUCAAGGCUUGACCUACCAAGAAGUCCGCUACCACCAAACACACAGCGCCGCGCUCGUACGCCGCUUGCGGGCCCUCUAUGGCACCUUCCUCCCGCUCAUGUACCGCGCACGACAUAUCCGAGCUUCUAACUACCGCGGUCUGAUGCUCAGGAUCACGCAACUCGACCAGGGCUGGCGGGCGGUCAGCGAAACGAUGGGCCUGAAAGUGUUGGAGUGGGGUGAAAGGCUGGAGGGCUACACUGACUUCUACGACACGAGACAACAUUUCCCUCCUGGGCCGGUGACGUGGUUUUUUGGCGACAUGAUGCUCUUCUACUUGAAACAAGCGAUGGAUCCCGAGCGAUGGUGGGCGUGCUUAUGGCAGUGA